AUGGAACACUCCGAAGCAACAUCGCCUAUGCGCCAGAGGGUAGGCAUCUCCGUGGUUAAUUUUUCAGCACCCCAGACCAAGAGGAUGCAGGAAGAGUCCCUUGGUUUCACCACACUGAAGAAAAUGUUGAGGAUGUGUCCAGAUGAGAAGCGUACAGCAGACACUCCGGCUCCAGCUCGUCAAGCCAUGGAGGAAAACAGCCCGCGGAACAUCAAAGCAACGCUAGACCCCGCACUUUGGAACGACAGUACUCGCGCUGUCUACGAGCACCUCAAAAGCCGUGCUGAGGACCUUGAAGACGCCUCCAUCGACAACAAGGAUGGCCCGUCUACCUCGAAGAAAGACAGCUCAAAAUCUGAGAACCCUUCCAAAAACGGCAUCCGAAACAAUAUCUUCGAGACCCUCCUCGGCCGCAUCCACUCAACAUUGAAGCAACUCCACGGCCAGGAAGAGCAGGAGAAGAGGGAGCAACCGUGUUCGGAGCCUAGCUCCAGUCCCCUUAGCUCUCUAAGCUCCUCACGACUCUCUUCACCAUGUUCCUAG